AUUCGCCACCAGUUUAUCUUCUCGUGAUGUGAUGUGAUGUGACACUGCUGACAGCCGCCACACCAGGCAGGACGUGUCGGCGUCAAAUUGGGGUCCCGUGAUGCAAGCGGUCGUCCUUCUCUUCUGGCUCGUGUGCUGUUGCGCCGCUGAGGACUGCCAAGAUGUCCUCUCUGUCUGCCAAGCGGAAAAUUCCUGGACCAGGUGUUAUAAGGAGCGGAUUGUAACCUGCACACUAAAAAGGCGAAUCGGGAGCGUCUUCAUUUUAGGGACUGUUGACCCUUCCAAAGAGUGGGAGGAGAGUCCGAGUCCGGAACAUAGCGUUCACAUCCCAUCGUCAGCCCUCCAGAGAUCCAGAGGACCCGAGUCCGGGGACGGGGUGUCGAUGGCGGUCACCGUGCUCAACAGUGAACAUUUCAAGCUCGCAAGUCGAAAACAUGGGAGAAGAAUCCUUCCGGGACCACCUGGCCCGACAGGCAUCGUGUUAGGGGGGAACGUCCUGGUGGUGCAGGCAGGUCUACGCCCACUCCAGAACCUCCCAGAACCCAUCACUUUAACCUUCAAAUACAACAAGAAGGUUGCCAGCGGGACUUGUGUUUUCUGGGAGGAGUUAAAUAAGGAAGAUGGAACUGGUCACUGGAGCGCGUACGGCUGUAACACCAGCAACACUGAAAGGGAAUUUGUUUGUCGCUGCAACCACUUGAGCUUCUUUGCCGUACUUGUGAAUCCUGACAUCUCGCUGAGUGAAGAGGACGCGUUCAACCUGAGUGUGAUCACAUACGUCGGAUCAGCGCUUUCGGUCGUCUUCUCCAUCAUCAGCUUGAUCGUCUACUCGUGUCUCAACAAACGGCAGCCCGAAAGAGCCAUCGGCUUGCACAUGCACCUGACGGGGGCGCUGCUGUGCCUGCACCUCUUCUUCCUGCUCUCCUGCUUGUGGGCCCGGAGGCUCGCCGAAGAGCCGGCCGACUGGGCGUGCGGGGCUCUGGGCCACCUUCUGCACUGGUCUUUGCUGGCCACCGUCUGCUGGUCGGCCCUGGAGGGCUUCCACCUGUACCUCCUGCUGGUGCGCGUCUUCAACAUCUACAUCAGGAGAUACCUGCUCAAACUGAGCGCGGUGGGCUGGGGUGUGCCCACAUUGAUUGCUCUGGCUGGUGGAGCGUCUGGUGUUUACGGCAAGUACACACUGGAACUUCGGGACUCCGACAACAAUUCAACAAUGCAGCUGUGCUGGAUAAGCAGCAAGUUCCGUCACAGACGAGCGGUUACCUUCGCUACCACAGUGGCCUUCCCCUGCCUGGUGGUCCUGUUCAACUCCUGCAUGUUGGGCCUGGUGAUCUUCAAGCUGUGGCGGUUGCGAGGAGGCGGCGGAACGAAGGGCGGCCGGGAGAAGGCGAGCAGGUUGUGGAAGGACUGCGUGACCGUGCUGGGCCUCAGCUGCGUGCUGGGUUUACCUUUUGGCCUGUUGAGCAUCACCUACGUCUCCCUGACCGGCAUCUACAUCUUCACCACGCUCAACUUGCUGCAAGGCGUCUUUGUGUUCCUGUGGUCUUUGGCGGUGACGUGCAAGUCUCAGUUGGAUGGGGCCUCAACCUCAAAUGACACUUCCUCUCAGAGAAUGAUGACCACCAGCUUCAACAACUGACGCACCGCAAACAUGUUCUGUUGCCUAUAUUAGGUCGUGUGUGCUUGCGUGACGAUGUUUAACGAUACAGUCACUUCACCCUUUUCACUUUUGUGUGAUCCAUAAUGUUCAGUUUUGCAUUGACAAAAACAAAAAGCAUCCGCAUACAGAUGGAAAAUGCAGUCCUCCACCAUGUCCUUAUCUUGAGUCUGGGGAUUUCACUUCAUUGUGCAAUCGUGUAUUACUGUUGCUAUGAUAAACUACAUUUGUGGAUCAUU